AUGCAGCCUGGAAAACUUCAGCUUUCACACCUCAGCGUUUCACACACACUCAGAGAGAGAGGCGUGCUCUUUCACGUCACACACACCCAUCUAUCCCAGCCCGCAGAAGCACCGGCAAUCAGAGCGGAGCGAGGAGAUGCUACCGACUGGCAGACACUGACUUCCAGUAAACAAGUGAGCUGGCUCCUCAGUCGGGACGGCGAUGUGAGCGUGACUAUAAUCGGAGAGGUGGAUGAAUUUAGGUCCUCCAAGGUUCUGCAGAACCACAUGAACAGAGUCCUCAGUGAUAACAGCAACUGCAUCCAGACGGAGGACCUGCUGCCAGGACGUGAUGCCCAGCAGCUCAGCAUCAAAGACGAUGCCAAGCUCCCUCUCACAGAUGUUAAUAAGCAGGAGGAUCCAGGUUCACCAAUCAACCAGUCAUCUGAGGAAGAGGCGGCGGACUGCAGCACUGAUGAGGACCCCAAGGACCCCGACGACGACGACAGCUCUGGGAACGUUAUUGAGGUGUCCCUCAACUACAGGCCGCAUUUUCGUGGAAGCCUGUUGCUACGAAGCCACCAGUCAGAAGCAGAGAGAGUCACUCCACAGGAUGGAGAAACUCGGCGGCGCAAAGAGACGUCAGAAAACGAAGGUCGCGUGGCUCAUCUCAAGAAUGCAUUUGUGGAUGAUGCCUGCAGCAAACCACCCGCCUGCAAAAAACCACCCAUUCCCGUCAAACCGGCUCAUCUACUGAAAAGCGGCAUGGCGCUGGUCCAUUAAGAAGCCGCCGUCUCUCCACCCUGCCGAACGUCAACACACCCGACCCCUGAGGAGUGGGAGCUGACGCAAACGCCGCAGCUCACUUGUACUCCUGCUUGAGGACCCAAGUGGGGGAUAAAUACACUGCAAAAAAAAGGACAAGUGUCCUCUUUUGAACUUUUCCAAGAACCUAAUUUAAAAUUUCCACCUGCAGAUGGAGAAGCGUCUGUGGAGCAGAGCGAGACUGUGUACUUAAUGGGGGAAACUGAAAUUCAGACUCUUAUAUUUUUGCAGAGUCUGUGAUCUCGAGACAGACACUGAUGGGGGGCAUGUCCACAGGACUUACACACAAACACGCUGCUGAAUGAAAAAAACACAGUGGUUUUAUACUGGGAUGACCUCUGCUGAAGUUGGAAACCAAAAAGCAUCAAUCAGUCACGUAUAUUCAUCCAUGUUCAUAUAAGCUCUGGACUUUCUGUCUUUUCAGCGGAUCCUGGGAAUGAAAUAAAACAAAUGGACUCACAGUGAAACGGACUUCUUGUACCUUUAUCCUUAAAGGGAUUUUAGACAAUUUAAUUACACAUCUCAACAUUCACAUGGGAACGCUCCCUCGCACUCGUUCACUGACAAGCACCGACCUGCUCAUCAGGAGCCCUGGAGGCUCCAGAUAUAUUGCUCAAGAACUUGUCCAAGUGUUAGAACAAAACCACUGAGCAGGUUCUGGACAGUAACGCCUCUUUGUCGAUUCAUAUUUCAUACUCUAUCGCAAAUGGCUUAAUGGUUCACGUUUGAGCUGCCACUCAGCCACAAGGGGAGUUGUUUAAUACAAGGUUAGCAAGAAACUGUCUUAAAUCUCACUAUCUUCCAACUCUCCCAACAUGGUCAAAAUUCAGUAGAACAUCAAUUUCUCUCAAUUUUGCUCUAUGGGUAAAAUUUCAGCAGCACUUUAGAUAUUGACAUAUCCAUAUAAAUAUUUAUAGCUUUAAAUUUGCACUUUCUGGCGUAUUUUAGUGAGCCAAUCAACACAUUAGCAAGCUAUGACAGCAAAUGCGAUUUUUCUGGAUGUGCUAGCAUGCUAACGCUAGUAUUAAGUGUUAGCUAAAUGAUACAGAAGACCUGGGAAGCACAAACGCAAGUUAGAGCAGUUAAAUCUGUACAAAACUUCCAUAAUAAAGUGGACUUUAUCGAUUGGAAUACAUGCCCGAGGAUGCCUAUAUGUGAAACAAGAGGAAGCCUACAUAUAUUGCUCAGUCAUUGUCCUGGAUAUGUUAGCAAGCUAACCCUAGCAUUAAACAACGGCCAAGAGAUACUGCGGGGCCUGGGAGGCACAAAGGGAUAUAUUAGCAUAGUCAAAACAGGACAAACCUCCACAAUGAAGUUGACUCUAUAGACUGGAAUACAUGCUUGAAGGUACCUAUAUUUAAAAUAAGAAGAAACUUACAUAUUUUGCACUAGGAGGGCAUGAAGCUUGAGCUGCCUGAUGUGAUCUCUUCCUCAUCUGGUCUCAGUUGUGGCUACCACAUGCACAGUUUGCAUCGUUAGCAUCCUUAACAAAGAAACAGUUGUGCUGGGGUAAUUAAAGGAACUCAGAAAGGGAAGCAAACCUGUUUGUAUCAAAACUUGUUAAAUCUUUAAGCUCAUGAUACCUGCUUGUUGUCAUCCACUGAGAAGGAUUUUGUUUUACAAGAAAUUCUAGUCUCUACGGAUUAAGGCGCAACGUUUAGUUUUAAUCCCGACCACUCACCUGUCAUACACUUGUAAUGACGUGCUGGAGCCAGCCCUAGACAUGACACCUCCGAGCCAGCAGGGUGCCCCAGAGAGCUCACGAUCUGAAACUUCAAAAUUUGUAGUCAGAUUAAAAAAACAAACAAAUUGGGGGUGGUAGAACAGGUGUAGCCAUAUUGUGAAGCUAUAGUUCUGUUUAUUUUAAAUUUUUUUAAAAUGAAAAAUUUAAUUCCUAUCAUCCAAGGGAAAAAAAAAAAUCUUCUUGCCAUAAUUUUUGUCAUAACAUGUUUAGCAAAUUCUGUACAGACUCCAACAGAACCCCGAGUGUGGACAGCGCCACAGUCCAUCAGAUGUUAGAAGCUGUGAAAAAUGUGAAGCCACACAGAACAGAAGCAACAGUUUUUGUAUUUUAUGGUUUGUUUGAGAUGUAGUUACUACCUAACUUGUGGGUCAUGUGUUCACUUUACUUGGUCACCAAUUGAAUCCCUGCUCAUGCUGACUCUGCUGAUGUUUUUUUUUUGUACUGUACCCAAAUAUGAGCAUUUGUGCUAUUUACCUGUUGUCUAUGUCAAAAAAAAGGAACAAAUUAUAAAACGUUGAAUGUAUCCUGCGUGUUUUUUCCUUCUUCUUAGAUUGAAAUUUUUAGACAGAUACGACAACAACGUAGCUGAGUUUUAUCGGUGAUUUGCUCAGUGAUUAUCUAUUCAGCAGGAUGCAUCAGAAAAGCGCCUGGUGGAGAUCAAACGGACGGCGCGGAGAGCUGAUUAGCAUGUGGUUUGGGCUGAGACAGAGAGGCCGAGACGCUUGGGGAGACAGAGCAAAUGAGAGUCUGGUCACGGGAAGAAAAACGUCACACUCAACUCAAUAAACCUCACCGCAUUCCCUCACCUCCUCCACGCCAUCAGCCCGUGUGUGUGUGUGUGAGAGCGUGUCUAUCCACCCAUAUAUCUUGAAUCAUGUGACUUAACACAAGCAGUCAUGCACACAGUGUGAAAAGCCCCGCUAUAUAUAGUAGGACAGUGUUGGGUUUCCCAGCAAAGCAUUGUAGGAGUCGCUUCAUCUUUGUUCUCUUAGAAAAGUGCCCGUUAUUGACUUCUUGUAAUGCAGUCGGCCCACUGCAGGUGGUUCGGGACCAUGGAUGCUAGCAGGUAGCUAGCUGAGAUCGUGUUGGCGACGCCUCGGGAAACUACAAAUAGCAUCGGAGAGAAGAGUGGUCAUUACAAAGUAUUUGAUGAUUUGACCAAGUUUAUCCAUUACGUUAUAAUACUGUGAAAACUUUCUUUUCUGUUUUAAACAUUCUGUCACAUUACAAACACAAACAUCACUGUUUUAAAGGACAAAUACAAAGUGAAAGGAAAAUGACACAGG